CUACCACCACUACCACCACCACCACCACCACCACCAUCACCCCCAGCCUAUCUAUUAAACUCUCUAUGAUAUCUCUGUCGUCCCAUAAAACAGACAAUCACAGACAAGUGUCAUUGUAUCCACUCACCGUUGCCAACCAACAAAGAAGAUUUGGUGUCGCGUGGUUACAACAUCGUCUGGCUCGACCUGUUCCAACCUAUUCCAUGUUUUUGCGCACAGUACGUCACUGGUUUGGUUCGAUUUUAUAGGCUAUGUCAGUGCACACAGCAAGCCAGACAAACAGCGGGAACAACGGAACUGUUGCAAUCUCACAAUGUCACAACAACCUGGCCAUUUGUUACAGUGCACCUGACUUCGGAUUUCGCGCGCAAAAUGAAUUCACAGCAAGCAUGGAGCUUUCUCACCAGCGAAGCGCCCUCUGCUGGCCGCAGAAACACGAUAGGCUUGCCUGCAGUCUUUGGGAUGUGCCUCCCCUAGAUUUCUCUCUCAGAAGUAAUACUGGUGCACGCAUGCGUGGAAUUCCUAUGGUUGUCCGAAGCAGACAGAAAUCUCAGAAUGCAACACACUUUUACACCAAACCAACGACCCAUCAACACUUCAAAGAACCCAAUAUGCCUGAACUGAUGCAAUGUUGUCCUGAAUCCAGUGAGAACAAUAGCAAUUUCGUUCUUCGAUUCAAAAUCCUGCGGCCUAACACAGCCAGAAAGCUUGCUGUCAGAUUUGGUAAACUCCCAACCGGAUGUUACACGAAUCCAAAACCACAUGACCAUAGAGAUCUUCCGCCAAUCAAAGAUCUUCAACUUCCGGAAUUCGUGACGUCGUGCCGACAGCGGGAACCUAGCACAAAACCAGCAGCUGAUCGUAUUUAUAGCGGCCAGCGUUUCAAGUUGAGGGAACCGAUAAAAUUUGAUGGUGCAGAAGGCAAAAAUGUGAAUCGGUUUUCCACGCGAAAAUCUCCAGAAUCAAAAUGGGACAGAUCGCUGUGUCUGAAGAAAGAUCCUUAUCGCUUCAGAUACCCAGCUUUUACACGUCACCGGCGCCUUGAUCGAACUGCUCACAGUGCUCUCUUCGAUAGAAUACAGAUGCGGUUCUUAGAGAAAUUGCGGAGCUGAUUUGGAGACGAUUGAGUCCAAAUUCCUAAGAUGUUCCAGUUUAACUUCAUUCUUGACCAAUUACUUUCCUUUAUUCUU